AUGGAGGGUGCUCCGGUGGAUCCGGUGGCGGAAUGGGCGGCGCCCGGCGGGGAGACCGGGCUAGAAGAGCCCAUGUGGCAGUUGGGACUCGGUGGUGGGCCCGAACCGUACCCCGUGAGGCCCAAUGAGCCCGAUUGUAUCUAUUUCAUGAGAACAGGGUUCUGUGGGUACGGCAGUCGGUGCCGGUUCAAUCAUCCCCAUGAUCGGAAUUCGGCAAUGGGAUCUGUAAGGACUAGUGGAGUUGAUUAUCCCGAGCGCAUGGGUCAACCUGUCUGUCAGUACUACAUGCGGACGGGGAUGUGUAAAUUUGGGUCUACCUGCAAGUAUCACCAUCCAAAGUAUGGAGUCGGGUCUUCAGCUCCUAUCACACUCAACUUCUAUGGAUAUCCAUCGAGACCGGGAGAAAAGGAAUGUUCGCAUUAUAUGAAAACCGGGCAGUGCAGGUUUGGUGCUACGUGUAAAUUCCACCACCCACAACCAACCGGGAUACAGGUGCCUGUACCCACAGCUCCACCAGCUGCAGUGUAUCCAACCGUGCAAUCUCCUUCUCUUCAAACUUCUCAACAAUAUGGGCUUUUCCCUGGGAAUUGGCCCGUCGCUAGGCCCAGCAUUAUUCCGGGCUCAUAUGUUCCUGGAGGUCAUAUGGUCCUACAGCCUGGAGUUAUCCCUGUUCCCGGUUGGACUCCCUAUGCAACACCUGGGGCCUCUCCUAGUACCCAACCUACUGUUGGUGGCGGCUCAAUUUACGGGAUAACACAGUUAUCUCAUUCAUCGGCUUCUUACACGGGCCCAUAUGUCACCUCUUCUAUUGGCCAGUCGAGUAGCAACCAAAAGGAACAUGCAUUUCCCAAAAGACCCGGUCAACCAGAAUGUCAGUAUUAUUUGAGGACAGGAGAUUGUAAAUUUGGCUCUACGUGCAAAUAUCAUCAUCCGCGCGAGUGGACUGCACCAACAAUGAAUUUUUCACUCAGUCCCGUGGGUCUCCCUUCACGCCCGGGCAUGCCAAUUUGUUCUCACUAUGCCCAAAGCGGGAUGUGCAGAUUCGGGCUCUCCUGCAGGUUUGACCACCCAAUGGGCACUAUGAGCUACAGCCCAUCCGCGUCGUCUCUAACCGACAUGCCAGUGGCCCCUUACCCCGUGGGUUCCACAAGCACUACAUUGGCUCCUUCGUCAUCCUCGUUAGACCUGAGGCCCGAAAAUCUUUCCGGGCCCAACAAAGACUCGGUAUCCCACAUACCUACUGUGAACAGCUCAAGUACGUCGGUCGGCUCGAUUCUCUCGAAAAGUGGGCCCACGCCUCAAUCGGGCGCUGCCUCCUCAAGUUAG